AUUUAUAAAACAAACAUAUCGUAACAUAUAUUAUUAAUGGGCCGGCGAAAAAACCGCUGGAUACUUGCAAAGGUCAAUCUACGUGAUAACACUAACGGAUGGGCAAAGGUAUCGCGCAUAUUGACUCGUGAAAUUGUAGAAACUGAAAUAAGAUUAUUGUGCGAUAUUUUAUUCGGAAGUAUAGGCGGUAGUUAUGUAACGGAUGCCACGAACGUUGCAUUGGUCGACGACUCAGAUGCUCUCGUACUCAUACAGACCAAAAGAAGCUUUUUAUCAAACGUAAUCUGUGUGUUAAACUGUAUUGAUAGCUUACAAAAGGUGGGUGUUACCUUAGAGAUAGUUCACGUUGGAGGUACGUUGCAUCAGUGCAAGAAACUCCUUUUCACAAAGCUGCUGGAUACACUCGCUCAAUUGCAGGCACUAUCUCUGGGACAGUCACCCGUAAAACAGCUUCAUACAGAAAGAGCCAUAAACAAAAUAAGUGAGGUUUCGAAGCUGAAGGCAUCUACGGCUUUAUAGUUGCAAUUAGAAGGAUAUUAUUGCCUUUUCUACGGAUGCUUUGGGACAUCCAAUGUU